UGACAGGUCGAAAGAAAAUUUCCAGUUAGACUUAUUCCUAUUGACAAAUUCCGAAAUUCAACUCUUCAUCGCACCUCUCGCUUCUCCUCUCAUGUCUUUAGAUUCUCACAUUGAGCAAGUCCUCUGGACGCCGGAUCAAAUCUCUCACCGGGUCGCCGAGCUCGCAGCUCAAAUCACCCGCGAUUUCCAACACGUUUCGCCACCGCCCGUAGUGGUUGCUGUCGCCACCGGUGCUUUCUUGUUCUUGGCUGACUUGGUCCGCCAAAUACCACUUCCUCUGUCCGUUGAUUUCAUUCGUGCUGAAUCGUACGGCUCCGGUACUCACUCUAAUGAAGCCCCCUCCAUUUCCAUGAACCUUAAAGUCAAUGUUCAGGACAAGCACGUUAUCUUGGUUGAGGACAUUGUAGAUACAGGAUGCACUUUGUCUUGUCUCAUUGCACACCUGAAAUCGAAAGGAGCUGCCUCUGUAUCAGUAUGCACUCUCCUAGAUAAGCCAGCGAGACGAAAAGUUGAGGUGGAGCUAGUGGGUGAAGGGAAAUUUUAUUCUGGGUUUCAGUGUCCAGACUACUUUGUCGUAGGCUAUGGAAUGGACUUUGCUGAACUAUAUAGGAACCUGCCAUAUGUUGGUGUUUUGAAGCCAGAAUGCUACCAGUAAUUUGAUUUACAACUUACCCUGGAGCAGUUGAAGUAUUCAAUGAAGUAUAACCUUAAUAAUGUUAUAGAAUAUUGAUUUUGCCACCAUGUGUCGUUCUCAUAUCAGUUUCUGGUAAGAUAAAUAGGCAAAGUUGCAGCGGUCUCUACAUUAAAUUGAGUAUUUGUCUUCAAAUAUUUAACUUUGAAUAUAUCAUUAGUCCUGGAAUUUUGAAUUCUACUCUAUAUUUUCCCACUGGGAAGUCAUUAUAAACUUAGUUCAUUUGAAAGUUGUAAAAUGAAAUUGAAUAUAUCACUCUCUUGUUUUGAUCUGCAACAAGAUUAGACAAGCUCUGUAGCCUUCUGAAUCAGCUUGCUGUUGAGAAUCAAUGGAACUCUAUUAAGAUAA